AUGGGCUGCAUCAACUCAAAAAGGGCCGUCUCGCGUGGGGGCACGGCGGGCCCCGACAGGCCGGGCCGCGGCAGAGUGAACGGGCUCGGCGCCGGCCCCUACGCCGGCAGGGGGGCGGGGGACCAACUCCACUGGUCGCGGUGCCACUUCUGCGGGAAGCGCAUCCCUGAGAAGGAGCUCAACGCCCACACCGUCAACUGCGACGAUCGCGAGGUGACCUGCGUGAACUCGUGGUGCCGCGAGAUUGUGAAGCAGGGGCUGAUGCAGCAGCACCUCGACGAGUGCAACAAGAGGCAGCAGGCGAUGUGCUACAAGUGCGGUGCGGUGCUGCCUGCCACCGAGAUGCCGACCCACCGAGACAGCUGCCAACCACAGCGGUGCUCCGCGUGCGGGGAGCUCUGCAUCACGCGUAUCAUGAAGUGGUGCCCCGACAACUUCGUCAGCCGCCUCAGCAUCACGCAUGGGCCCUUCGCCACGGAGGCGCUGCUGGCGCGGCACGUCACCGGCGGGAAGCAAGGCGGCGAUGGGGCAGCUGCGGCACGGGGGCGCGUUAGCUACAACGUGGCACGAAUGCAGCUUCUCUGGCGAUGGAUGAAGGCCAAGCUGUACAUUGAGGAAACCAUCUUUCGUCUGACCUUUCGGGAGCUGGACCUCAAGAAGGAGGGGUUUGCCAUAUUUAAGGCGCGCGACGACGUCAGUCAGUCCAGCGUGCUGGUGCCAAAACGUUCACGCUCCGUCAUCCAGUCUGUGACGACACCCGCCUUCACAGUGCACUAUAUAGCAUCCUCCCCGGCCACGCCCAUUUCUCUUUCAGACAUUCUACACCUCAUGAAGGACCUUGAGAAACAUGUGUUGCCCCCACAACCUUCUGCCUGGCGUGUCUUCUCCCAGGCCCUGAAUCUGCUUAACACCAUGCCAAACGUCGUGCGCCUUGACCCUCCUCUCGGGGCACGUGUCUCAAACGGAAUGGUUAUGCAAGGCUCAAAAACUAUUGUGGUUGGAGACCUGCAUGGACAGCUGGGGGACCUCCUACACAUCCUCAAUGAGAAUGGCAUGCCAAGCGAAGGCACAUAUUACAUUUUUAACGGAGACUUUGUGGACCGUGGCCCCCAAGGUGUGGAGGUAUUGUUAAUUCUCUUCUCGCUUCUGCUGGUCUGUCCCAAAUACGUCGCCCUGAACCGUGGCAACCACGAGUGUGACUACAUGAAUGACGAGUAUGGGUUCGAUGUCGAGGUCAGCACUAAAUACGAUCGGAACACGUUUCGUCUUAUCCAGCGCUGCUUCUGCGCCCUGCCCCUUGCAACCAUCAUUGGAAAGAAGGUGUUCGUCGUGCAUGGCGGUCUGCCACGCCGCAAGGGUGUGACACUUGCGGACAUUGGCCGGAUUCAGCGCUUCCGGCAGAUUCCAAUGCCGGAGAACUCGCAGCCGGAGGAGGAUGAGCUUUUCCAGGACCUGCUGUGGUCGGACCCGGUGGAGGAGAUGCAGGGGUGGCGGGAGAGCGUGCGGGGGGCGGGGGUCAUCUUCGGCCCCGACCUCACCCACGACUUUCUCAAGAACAACGAACUAGAGCUCAUCGUGCGCUCGCACGAGGAGUGCCUGAAAGGGUACGAGGAGCACCACGACAGGAAACUCCUGACCGUGUUUUCCGCGAGCAACUACGAUGGACCCGAGUCAAACCUAGCCAGCUACGCCGUCUUCAUCGGCGACAACCCCGAGCCGACGUGCCACCCGUUCCGCGUCGAGGAAGACGAGGAGUUGUACGCCGCCGUUGACCUCUUCGAGCCUUUCACGCCCACCGUGGCGAAGUCCACCAGCCUCCCCACAGUUUCCCAGUCAAGCCUUCUCUUGCGGCGACGGACACGGGAUGACGUGCUCCGCGUGUUGCGCGAGCGCAUCUACCAACGACGGCAUCGGCUUCUCUCCUACUUUUCGAAGCUUGACCGCACCUGCAAAGGGUCUGUGUGGAAGAUUGAGUGGACGGAGGCGAUGCGCAAUGUGCUUAACUUAGACCUUCCGUGGUUCUUUCUGCGCGGCUACCUCGUGGCUGAGGACGAGAACUCACGCAUCUGGUACUCGCCUUUUCUGGAGAAGUUCCACAGCUUUCUUCAACCGCUUUGGCUCAGGGAUUGGAUGGAAAGUGCACUGUAUAGGCUGGUGGGGAAGCAACGAGACGGCCAUCGCACCCAGUCCGUUUCAGUGUCGUUUAGCAAGGGAAUGGUCAACUACGCGGAUUUCUGCUCCGUCAUUCGGGUCGUUGACUACACGACAAGUGAGGCGCAACUCUUUCAACUGUUUAUUUACCUAGACAAGGACGGCAAGGGCCUGAUUGAUGGACCGAAUUUCCUGGAGCUGCUCGCGGAGAAGGCGGCGCACCCCGUGUCCGACCCCCUGCGCUGGGAUCUUGAGGCCAUGGAGCAGCUGCAGAGCGUCGUCAUCCAGGCCCGGAGUCAGCUGCCGUACAUCUUUAAGGUCUCCGCCACGGACCGCGCACUGACGCCGGAGCGGUUCUUUAAGGGUAUUGAUCAGCUCCGCCGCGGGAUGCGGAAGGAUGUGACCCAGGCGCAGAGGGAGAAAAUAUACGAUUUCAUGCAGGAGCGGGCCCCGCCGCCUGGCGUCAUGUUCGAACACUUUUUGUUCAUCACUUCGGUGUUUGACGUGCAGGCACUCCCAUGGAACUCCGCGGUGGCCCCCGAGGAGGUCCGCGUCAUGCUUCCCACGCUGGGUAAUCACAGCUUCGUCGUUAGGGAGGGGGUCGCAGUGUGGGAGUGA